AUGUGCACGAUCGAACGCGUUCCAAUCGAAGAAGAGCUCCAAAAGCUCACGACCGAAGACGUCUUUACAGCCGAAAUAACCGCCAAGCAAACCUCCGAAAUCCUGCACUUUGCCGCCAAACACCUGCCAAAACUCGAAGGAAUCGAGCACAUUGCGCGGAGUCCCGUGCCGGUUAAGCCUCCGUAUACGAAGGAGCAGUUUGAUGAGUGGAAACUAAUCUGGCCUGUGUCAUUUCGCCCCCUGACGAAACUGAGGAUCGAGCUGGAGGACGAGGACCGCAGGUUUAUUGUAAAGUGCUUGGAGGAAAUCAAGGAUGAAAAAAUGGUUGUUAUGGCGAAGCACAGCGAGGUUAUAGCGAGGGCUAGGGACGGUACUGCGGGCGGACAUCCGUUGAAACACGCUGCUAUGUGUUGUAUUGCGCUGGUCGCCGAUAUGGAGGUCGAGAGGAGAAGGGCAGGCGUGCUGGUUCCGCUAAAACGCCCGGCGUCUCCGUUGCCGCAGGACGCCGAGGAGCGGGAGAAGUCGCCGCAGGCAAUGGGGUAUUUGUGCGAAGGCAUGGACGUGUUCUCGACGAAGGAACCCUGCGUCAUGUGCUGUAUGGCCCUGGUCCACUCGCGAAUCGGCCGCCUAUUCUUCCUCGAAGAGUCCAAGUCUGGCGGCAUCAGCUACUACUCGAUGCACUCGCUGAAGGCCCUGAACCACCACUUUAUAGCCUACAAAUGCUCAAUGUGA